AACAAAUAUUUAUUGUUAAGAAAAAAUCUACACAAUGCGUGGAGAGCAAUUAUUUACAUUUCUAGUCAUUUGCAAUGUUGUGUCCAGCUUUUCAUAUAGAAAUUUGACAAGGACUAAAAGACUAGAUUGUGGUGUGCAGACUCUAUCAACGGUUUCUAGAGACUGGACAUAUGCGAGAACGGCCUACAAACAAUCGACCAAGAGUUACAUCUGUCCGGGAAUGCAGAGUAUCAGAGGAGCACGAGCGAACCCCAUAAGAAACUGCACAGUUCUCAAACAAAACUUGAUUUUGGCUACUGAACGUCAUAAAAACCCAAAGAUAAUAUUAAAUCGGUUAAAUGAUCUCCUGCAAUGGAAUUCUGUUACAAUGCAGGGGACCCAUAAGGCGACUACCCCUUCGGCCUACCAGUGGUUCAGGGAGAUUAGCUUGGUGUCAGGAAAGAGAGAAUUGUAACAUGAAGAGUGGAAUUUACAGAUGUAAGCAAAUUUGGAGUAUUUAGUGAUAGAAGGUCAGUACGAAUCUGGAGACCUCCAAGUCAAAGAAUUAAUCUACGUUCACGGGAUAUGGAUGGUAUUUUUCUAAAAUAGGAAACGGAGCUGUGACUGUAGCAUGACACGACAAGGCUAAAUCACAAAGAGUUGUGAGUUGUCUUCAACUAAUCUGAAUUGCAUAGAAUAUGCCUGGGAUAUGCUUGGAAGAUCAUCAAUUGCUCACCAGCAAUGCAAUAUUUGAAGAAAGUAAUUUUAAAAAGAAUCUUCGAUUUAGUUGACAUAAACCAACAAACUAAUUUAUCGUAUUCGAUUUGAAGAACAGCAAAAGUACAACAGAUACAAGCUAAGGUUCUUUUAGAAGAAGAUUUGGCGUUAAUAUUGCAGUUUUUACAAUGCUUCCAGUGGCAAUGGCAAAAUAAUUUUCUUUGAACAGGCAACUUCCACCAGCAAUGGUGUUCUUAAUAUGCACACGAAUAUACAAUAUUUAUGCUGAUUAAAAACUCUAAUACAAGAAAACUCUCACACAUUAGGAAAUAAACUAGUAGGCUAUGCAUUUCUUCUUGGUAAUUGGAUUGGAUCUGAACCAGCUUGCUUCCAAAUUUCCUCAAUUUUAGAAACACCCUGUAUUUUUAAAAUUUCAGGUUCAAAUGCAAAAGCGAUAACAAAUGUUUGGAAGCUACAAAAGAAUGCAAUGGGAUUGUCGACUGCGCUGAUGGCAGUGACGAGACAGAAAGCUGCAAAAAUAAUUGGUGUCCGGAAUUUGUUUUUCGUUGUGACUAUGGUGCAUGCAUAAAUAAAGAUCUCGUAUGUGAUGAGAAACAAGACUGCAGGGAUAAUUCUGAUGAAACUGGUCCGCAGUGUAUAAAGGAGUCUCAACCAAAAUGCAGGAUCAGUUUCAGUGUAAAAACAACGAAUGCAUAGACUUCAAAUAUGAAUGCAACGGACGAGUGGACUGCACUGACUAUUCUGAUGAGACACCUCAUUGCAGUAGUCAAUUUUGCCAUCCCUUCUUGUUUAGAUGCAAUUACGGUGCUUGCAUUAAUCCCCAACAUAAAUGUAAUGGAGUUAAAGAUUGUGCAGAUAACUCAGAUGAGUUAGAGACAGUUUGUAGUUCCACAACACAACGUUCAGUAACUGUGACGUCCUCUUGGAAUCCUCCGCCUACUCCUACUACAUCUAAACCAACUACAACGACGGAAAGUCCAAUAUUAGAAAAUGGCGAUUGUAUUCUUCCAAAUCACCCAGAAAAUGGAAAACUCGAUUUACUUGUUGGAACUUAUGUACCGUUGACAGUAGUUAUCACUGGGACCUUAGUAACAUUGAAAUGUGAAGAUCGCUAUGGAUCGACUUCCGACAAAAUGUAUUCCACUUGUUAUAAUGGAAAAUGGGAUGAAACGCUGGAAUGCAAACAAUUAUGCAAACCAAUAUCAUCAUCAAAAUCUAUGACAGUUAAAUGCACAUAUCAGGAUAAAACUAAGGAUUGUGAAAAACCUAUUGAGGGUACUCUAUUAACUUUUUCAUGUAAACCCCUUUAUGAAAAUACAGCCACCGAUAGUUGGAGUUAUUGUUCAGGUGGUUAUUGGAGUCAUACACCUAAAUGUACACCAGUGUGCGGCAUAAAGUCUGCACAAUCCAUAGAACUUUCGGCGGGAGGUAAAAAAGCAGUAAGGGGAGACUAUCCUUGGCAGGCGGCACUUUUUAAAAAUAUUGCAGGAUCUUUUGUCAAUAUAUGUGGAGGAUCGUUGUUAAAUGAAAGAAUUAUAUUAACGGCUGCUCAUUGUGUUGUUACUGAAUCACACGAUCAAACAAUUUUCACCAGUGAUGAAAGAGAAUUUAAGGUUGCAGUAGGAAAAUACUAUCGGAUUUUGGACCACCCUGAUGAUAUUUUCGCGCAGAUCAGUAAUGUUUCGAAAAUUUGGUAUCCGGACAGUUAUAGAGGCAGCCUGCAACAUUGGGUUGGUGACAUAGCUUUGAUUCAAGCACAGACACGAUUCACAAUAAAUAAUCACGUUCUACCAAUUUGCCUUGAUAAAUCCAGAAUUUUGACUUUGGAACCUGAUACAGUCGGAAUUGUAACAGGUUGGGGUUAUACCCAACCUGGUGGACAACCAUCAGAUGAACUACGAGAGAUUGACAUUCCGUAUGUAGACAGUGCAAAGUGCAGGACAAGAUUACCCACAGAUUUUGCUAGACAAUACUUUUUACACGAUAAAUUCUGUGCAGGCCAUUACAAUAAAAGUAAGGCUUUAUGUCAAGGUGAUAGCGGUGGUGCUUUGGUUUUCAAACAAAGCGAUGAAAAAUAUUAUGUGAAAGGAAUUGUGAGCAAUGCACCAAGAAUUAAGGACAGUUGUGAUAUUCAACAGUAUACUCUGUUUACAAAUGUUGACAACUACACUGAGGAAGUGAGCAAAUUUAUUAUUCAAUAUUCGUGAUUUUUACUACUACUUUAUAAUAAAUUAAAUUAAACAUAAAA